AUUCAGUUCAUUCUUCGGUCGAGGAUGCAAUGGACGCUCACAAAUUAUUCAACCGGUAUUUCGAAACAAGGAUAUGGCUACAACAACGUUAAUCGUAGCGUUCAAGCUCACCCUCAGGCGCGCCGAUCGCAUCGAGAUACUUAUUUGCGAUACAUUUUCAUUUUCUUUUUCAUAUCUUCAAAAAUGCCGAUCUUGUCCGAGCUGUUGCACCAUCUUUCGGCUGGGUCCGACGGCGCUGGUCAUUACGAUGCUGCAGCCGCCGCGCAUCAGCUUCAGCCAUCACUGCUUUCCACUGCGCACGACGACCACAGCAGCUUUGGGGCAACGUCAGCAACACUGCUGACCUCCAAGAACCCGACAAGAAAUGUAUCUCUGCGCAGCAACUUCUUAGACGGUGCGACAUCACGACCACUCCAGGAGCCACCUGUGAUUAACUCCGGAGCAGCGAUCACUGGACCUGCCAGAGGCGCAUCUUCCUCUUCUUCGUCCUUUUUGAGCAUCGAAAAAGCGCCAUACUUCCAGGAGCAGGUGCGAGCACACAACACAACGCUGCAGAAAUGCGAGAAAUUGGAGUUGCAGGACAGCGUCGAGGGGGCUCGCGAGUACACCAGCAGUGGUGCUGCCGACGACGAACGAGCUGAAGAUCACGAGACGCCCCCGGCAACUGGUAGUGGUGCCAGCACGUCCUCUUCCUCCUCGACGUCGGCCGUGGCUUCACCCGACGACGAGCACCAACUCCAGCUCUCCACCCCGAUUCGCAAGAUUGACUGCAAUGCCGUGACGAGAACGUCGGGCGGGGACGUUUCCCGGCAUCUUCUCGACCCCACACGACCCCUGAUUUUCCAGGACGUCGAUGGAGUGUUGAAUAACGAAACGGAGGACGCGAUGCUGAACGACAAGCUGAUCUCCCGGCUGGACCAAGUUGUUGGCGACAGCGACGCGCAGAUCGUUUUGUCGUCCCAUUGGCGCAAGUCGCCGCAACUGGUUGACAUGCUUUUCACGCGCCUAUCCAUGACAAAGAACCACUUGGCGGACCGCAUCGUGGGGGCCACGCCAAGCCUGUGCCGGGGCGUGGAAUGUCGCGCAACAGAGAUCUACAACUGGGUCAAGGAGCAUCCGGGGUUCAAAGGUAGGACUAAAAUGUGUUGAUUAUAGUACUUGAUUGGAGAGUGAUGAUGUCCGCUACGACUAAAGCACGUGCCUCUUCUAGUGGACAUUAAACACCACGAAAUAAAAGUUUUCAGAAGUAGACAGGAGAUUGAUUUCCCUUCCAAGUGAAGUUUGAGUUUUGCGGCGAAGGGCAUCGAUCUUGUAGUUGUACCUACCCACACGACCUAUAACUUUUCAGGCAAUUGGAUCGCUUUGGACGAUUGGGACUUGUUUAAGCAGACGGACGGCAGCCACAUGGUGGAUCACUUCGUCAAGACCGACCCGAUGACGGGGAUUUCUGAGGACGACGCGGAGGAGGCCGUUCGGUUACUCGACCGUCCGGUCAUGACUGAGGACGACCAUCCUCCUUUUCCCCUCGGCCUGGGGGACUCCAUCGGGCUGUCCGACGUGGCGGGCUCCUCCGCCAUCCCCGGUGUUGUUGCGGGUGCCGCGGUAUGCAUUGCAAAAGUAUCGUACUAGUAUGAAUUGCAAUACAAAUUUCCUCAGCAUGAGAAAGAAAAUUUGUAAUGCGGAUUUAACUUGAGAAAGAAGCUUGUAAUGCAUGAAUGGGAUUACUACGAGUACGAUACUUUUGCACAGGAUACGCGGCCGACUUCGUGUCGGGCGCGGGGGCUGACGCGGAAGUCGUUUCCCCCGUCUUGGCGGGAGCAAGCGCUGCAACCGACAGCGCAGGAGCCGUCGUGGUGGAGAACCCGGACCCGAUCAUUUUCACCACAACGACGGUCGCAAACAGUGCGGACGCCAUAGCUGGUGGAACGACGGAAGCACUGGAUGCGGACACGGCAGGUAACGAUUGUUGAGCUUUUUCUUUUCAUUCUAGUUUUGUCAGGAAUCGCGUUAUUCUUUUUCUUUUGUGGGACAAAAAAGAAUCCGUCGAUUCAGUGGGGUUGUGUUUCAAUUGAUUUCCAUACAUUUACAUUCCAAUGGCAAUGGAAUGUAAAAGUGUAGUCAAAGCCAAAGACAACCGGAACGGUCACACUGCUGUAGUUUUUGUUUUACCACCCGCAAAUAGCCUCAGUGAGGACAGUGUCUUCGGUAUGUUGCAGCUUUGCAUUUCUUCACAACUGAUCCACAGCACCUGUCACCGUGGACGACAGCUUCCUGCAAACGGAAAUGGACAAGCAUGACCUCGCUGUGGAUAAUUCCACCUCGGCGGCGGUCCAGGAGAUGGACGCAACGCCUACCGCCUCCGCGAAUGACCAGUCGCUGGCGGACUUCUUCGGCAGUGUCGCCGACCAGGAUACGGGCCCGUCCGCCGCCGGGGAAGACGCAUCGUCCGCGUCCGCCGCACAGCAGGGGGCCAAUGCCAUGCAAAAUCUGCUAACGCAACAGGAGGAGGCAGAAGCGGAGGCCGAAGCCGUGGUCUCGGCCGAGGCAACGCUGUUGUGAGGCACGUCGUGAGUUUGCAGGUAAUUCACAACGAACUGCGCUGCCUGUCAAAGAAUUCACAAAACUUCGAUGUAGAGCUUUUUUUCAACAAUAAUUCGCGACUGUCUGUCAUGAAUGGAAAAUAUGGCUCGACGACAACGACAGCGACUCUGUAGCCGUAGCGUCCUUCCAGUGACAGCUUCACAACUACUCACGCAUAUGGUGGGUAGUACCAAGUACAUUAAACUCAGUUCUUCUUCAUUAGAUAUAUCUUCAAGAAGGUUAUGUUCUGCGAGCUAGAUUACUAUCUUCUUCUUCUCCUGAUUGUCUCGGUUUUGAGGUGCGAUAUGUGCGAUUUUUUCUGAAUAUUCGGAUUCGCUUACACCGUUAUUGUAGAAAAGGGGCUUCUCGUGCCAUCUCGGAAAACAAACGACUUACAGAGAGACAACGAUAAAGAUAAUUUCUACAGAUGCCCCUCCUGAUAUUGAUAGAUUUUUGAGAGCAGCAUAGCAGAACUUCUGUCAACGUGUCCUUGUGCCUGUUGCUGUUGAGCUAUCCCGAAAAUGAAAAAGGUUUAUGUAGUUGGGACCUGCUGGAGCUGCAAAAUCAAAAAUAUGCUUCUUACCUACUUGUUUUCUGCACGUAGAACCAAGCUACUGGUCCAUCGCGUGCCGAUGGUUUCUUGUUCUACAUACUCCUCCUCGCACGCUAUCUGGCAACCCAUCGAUUUUUUGAAGUCAUCUGUUUUUGCAUUUCUUAUCUCCGAAUCUGAAUGCACCGGUGAAGUAAUUCUAAUUUAACUAACUUGAUCGCAAUAUAAUUCCAAUUCGUCAUUGAGUUUGAGAAUCCUCUUCCUCGCUUCGUGUACCACUGAGAGCAGAUGCAGAAAAG